AUGGCCUCCGCAACAGGAAUUCCACAAGAUCACCCAGCGACUAUUGAAGCGCGUGAAGAUGAGCCUCUAUUGGGCCGUCCAGGCGAUGUCACGCAAAAGCCCAACGAGAUCAUUUAUCGAAACCUCUUCACAGGAACAGCAAGUGUAGCACAAGCAGGAAUUUGGAUUCUAGCAGCGUUGGUCUGGCAGGGCAUCUUAUCCCAGCCCCUCUCGUUGUUCACCCCGCAUCCGCUACUCGGCAUAUCUGCACUCCUUCUUCAAGUCCAGGCCGCUCUCAUUUUGCAACCAACCGCCACCCCUCAACAGAAAAGUACCGGUACACGCAUCCACUACUCCCUUCAACUACUCAGCGUGGUCCUUUUUGUAUCUGCCUUUGUUAUUAUCGAGGUUAACAAGGGCUCUCAUCCUCACUUUGUCUCUCCUCACGGCAUUCUUGGUCUUACUACUUACAUCGCUAUCAUUCUGCAAGCGGUGGUCGGUAUUAUCCAGUACUUUGUGCCGGUCACCGUCCUCGGUAGUAUCGACGCCGGGAAGCGCAUUUACAAAUAUCAUCGCUGGAGCGGCUAUGUUUUGCUACUGCUGGAGAUGGCGACUGUCGUGGCGGCGACGCAGACCACCUACAACGUGAUCGCGAUUCAUAUUCCUCUAUGGGGUGUACUUGUCGCUGCCGUUUUGAUUCUCGCUGGUGUGGGUGCGAGGAUUAAGAAGCAUAAAUUGGGACUGUGA